AACAAAUGAGCAAAAACCCAACAGAAAUGACAUUACCAUACUUGAAACAUCAUAGCCAUUUUCGGUCUGUCGACUUGAUCUUAUUUCUGUCGAUGUCCUCACAAAUGUCAUGCAACACUUCCUCCACGUUCUUAUAUAAGACACGGAUACCGUUCAUCUGGAGACAACACUACCAAGAAUCCCUAACCAAAUGAAAAAUUACCAAAGUCUUGCAUGCUUUAUUCUUCCCCUUAUCCUUCUCAUCCCAUUCGGCCAUUCCCAUGGAAAACCAACAAAAUCCAUUUCCGUUCCUCUCAGAAGUGACCGAGUACUAGAAAAACUUUACCAAUGGAGGAAUCACCAGAUAGAGUCCCAACUAAACCAGCUUAUAGGAUUAGAAACCCCAGUUGUUUUGGCAGGAGUUCUUUGUUUCAUAGCUGCUUCUAUAUCGAGUGCAGGAGGGAUUGGAGGUGGUGGGCUUUUCAUACCCAUACUGACUAUAGUUGCAGGCGUAGACCUCAAGACAGCCUCGAGUCUCUCAGCUUUCAUGGUCACUGGUGGUUCAGCUGCAAAUGUUAUGUGCAAUUUGUGCAACUUCAGUCCCAAGUUUGGUGGCAAGACAUUGAUCGACUUUGAUAUAGCACUUUUAUCAGAGCCAUGUAUGUUAUUAGGAGUGAGCAUAGGGGUGAUUUGCAACCUUGUGUUCCCAGAAUGGCUCAUUACCAUUCUCUUUGCUACUUUUCUUGCUUGGUCUACCUCUAAGACUUGUCAAAAUGGUGUGUUUUAUUGGAGAAUGGAAUCUGAAGAGCUGUUGAGGAGAAAUGGGGGUGGAAAUUUGGAAAAUGGGUUGACUAAUGAGAAUUCAUCAUGUGGUGAUGAAAGUGAAGGGAUCAAAACUGCUUUGGGUGUGAAAGGAUCAGGUUGCAAUUUGAGGUUUCCAUGGAUGAAAAUGGGGGUCUUAGUUCUGGUCUGGCUUUCCUUCUCUGUUCUCUAUCUUCUUCGUGGCAAUCGGCAUGGACAGGGUCUAAUAAUCCAAGUAGAACCUUGUGGAUUGGGUUACUGGAUUAUCUCAUCAUUCCAAAUUCCUUUGGCAAUGGUUUUCACCUCCUGGAUCCUAUGCAAAGAGGAGACUGUACUUAAACAUCAGACUUCUCCAAACCACGAGGACGAAGAAGACCUACAGUUUAGAGACGGACCUUCAAGCAAACUUGUCUUCCCACGAAUGGCAUUUUUAGCAGGGGUUUUGGGAGGUUUCUUUGGCAUUGGAGGUGGAAUGCUCAUAAGCCCACUUCUUCUUCAAGUUGGGAUAGUACCUGAGGUAACAGCAGCGACUUGUUCGUUCAUGGUUUUCUUCUCAUCCACCAUGUCGGUAUUCCUGUACGUUUUGAUGGGCAUGGAGCACAUGCACACUGCCCUCAUCUUCGCCAUCAUCUGUUUUGCUGCUUCACUUGUCGGAUUGGUGGGGGUGAAGAGAGCGAUUCGUCGAUAUGGGAGGGCAUCUCUGGUCGUGUUCUCAGUUAGUAUUGUAAUGGUUUUGAGUACUGUUCUGAUGACUACCUUUGGAGCACUUGAUGUUUGGAGGACCUAUGUUUCUGGGAAAUACAUGGGAUUCAAAUUACCCUGUUAAAGAAUAACUUUUAUCAGUAGGUUUCUUAAUAAGUCCUCCUGUUUAAGGUAGUAAAUAAGAAUUGUAGGUUUCAUUUGAAGAUGGAUAAGUCCUAACAAAACAACUUGCUGUGUGAAAUA